CACUCGUCUUCCAAAAAUCUGUCAAGCUGUAUGUCUCUGCAACUCCACGCGCGAUCUGCGAAUAUUGCCGAUUUCCAUUCCCUCGCCCGCGGUCGGAAUUCGAUUCGAGAAACGCGAGCAUCUUCCUCGUCCGGCACCAACCUGCGAUCCUCGCGAGUUCCGCGCUCCGACGACGCAGGAUUCCCCGGCUUGCGAGGAGCAUGAAGGUUGAAGACUGUGGGAAAGUGAUUGUUCAGGAGCUGUCUGGACGCCUCCUAUAGACAUUAACUUCAUAGACCUUAUGCUAGAGCAGGUGAAUAAAGGAAAUAAACUUGGUUUCACUUUAAAUGAUGAGGCUUGGAGAGGUCGGGUUUAUCCAUUCAACAUGGUUUUCAGAUUGCACUUUAUAAAUGAUUUGGUGAAUGGUCAUUGUGAUUGUCUAAAAAGGCACUAUGAAUACAUAAGGAAUCUUCUUCGGCGAGGAGGUUUCCCAUGGGAAGGACCGAAGAAGUUAGUCCCAGCAGAUUAUGAUGCCUAUAUUCAGAUUUGAACUCACACCAGACUGAAUCUGACCCAAAUCAUUGUGAUUUGAGUCUGAUAAGUGGAAAUUCACCAUCUGUUAUCCAGAGGCAUCACCAUAUCAGCUAUUAUGAUGGGAGUAGAUCUGUUUUGUGGUCGUUGAUUGAGGUGCAUGCUCUGCCCUAAUAUUCUGAUUGAUCAUUAUUCUGAAGGGACAAAGCGAAGCCACUGUAAUUACUGGAGGAGUAAUUGGAUGUCACCUACAAGCCUCUUUAUGGAAGUUGACGACCAUGGCCAGGGAGGUUCUGGUCUCCGUCUCUCUUUUUCAUCCGUCAAGAAAUGCACAAUCUUCCUCGUUAUCCUCUCAGCUCUCACCUUUUUCCUUUUUAUUGUCCCACCACCCUCUUCAUCUUACAUUCUUCCUUUACCCACAGUUCCCCGGCGAUCCCUUAGCAGCAAUGUCAACCCCAUCAUAGCCAAACCUUGUUCUCUCUUGGCUGACCACAAUGGGAUUUUUGACUACUCUGCUCUCCACUUUUGUCUCUUUGACCAAAACCCAUAUCUUUCAAUCCCUUUUCUAUCUUUAUUUCUCCUUAUUCAUUUCUAUAUCCUUAUCAAAACUGCGCAAGAUCAUUUCUCUAUUGUCACCACCAAGCUCUCCUCUCACCUGAAUUUGACUCCCAGUAUGGGUGCAGUUACCCUUCUUGCCCUGGGAAAUGGUUCCCCUGAUGUGUUCUCUUCGGUUGCUGCUGUCCGAUCUGGACAAUAUAGGACAGGGUUUGGUGCUAUACUUUCUGCUGGCACAUUUGUAUCAGCAUUUGUCGUUGGUUUCGUUGCAAUUUAUGCUGCACCUUUUUCCUUGGAUGCAACACAGUUCGUGAGAGAUGUGCUCUUUUACAUGAUUGCGACGCUGUUUAUGUUUUGGGUAUACCUGAGUGGGGAGAUUUUCAUAUGGCAGGCAUUUGGAUUUGUUGGAUUUUAUGUUUUUUUUGUCGUCUUUGUAUUUUGGAUGGAUUUGGGAUCAGAGAGAGCGAAGGCUGGGGCUGAGGUGGGUUUGGUUGGACACAGUGAAUUAUCACAUACAGCAUCUGAUUGUGAGAGGGGAAGCAUUGAUGGUAGCAUGCGAAGGCUCAAAGCAACUUCCAGAUUGCAUCGCACUCUUAAUAAGAUUUCUAAGGCAUGGGAAGUUCCUGUCUCUUUUCUUCUGAAGCUCACUAUCCCGCAAACUUCACCUUCAGAAUGGAACAGAUUAUACUUAUCUCUCAACAUUAUUUUUUGCCCAUUGGCUCUUUUAUACGCUUGCAACUCCUUCAUGCCAAUAGAUCAUCCCAUCGUUUUCCUUGUUCCGAAUACCCAUUUUCCACUGUGGCUCAUUGUUCUCUUCACAAGCUCCUCUCUUGCCAUUCUUCACUUCAUCAUGGAGAAAGAACCACCGAAGACGGAGCAACUGUUUGUCAUUUUGGUAGCAUUUGUGAUGAGUGUCUUCUGGAUAUCCACCAUAGCAGGAGAGCUUUUGAAUUGCCUUGCAGCUCUUGGGACACUUCUUGAUCUGCCCCCCUCACUUCUGGGGCUAACAGUGCUUGCAUGGGGAAAUUCGGUGGGGGACCUGGUUGCCGAUGUGGCCAUAGCUAAGGCUGGCCAACCGGCAAUGGCCAUGGCUGGGUGUUUUGCUGGGCCAAUGUUCAACAUGCUUGUUGGGCUUGGAACUGCUUUGGUUAUGCAGACUGCCAAUGUGUAUCCAGAAGCUUAUGUACUUCACUUCCAUGUUGGUAUCGUUAUUGCAUUUGUGUUUCUGCUUCUAAGUCUGAUGGGCUCUCUCUUAGUGAUAACAUGGUGCAGAUUUCGGGUGCAAAGGUUUUGGGGAUUCUCUCUUGUGGGUAUCUAUGUUCUUUUUAUGAUAGUUAGCGUAGCUAUUGCCAAGUUUUCCACGUGACAGUUGCGGAAAGUUCAUCCAUGAGAAUUUACUGCCCCAGCUUGCAGUGUCUCUACUUGGCAAAAGUAAAAACAUCACAGGCACACCGGACUAUGCAAGAAACACCUGAUGAAGGCUACUCAGUUUUUUAUGUAGAUGGGCAGAUUUUGAGGAUGGGGACAGUGAUCAUCCUGAUCAAUAUUCUGCUAGUCUUUCACAAUUCAUUGAUAUACUGGCUUUGUUAAUUAUUAGAUUAAAAAAGAUCUAUUCCAAUGAAAAUGCCAUUGGUAAAUGUCGAGUUUUAUGUUUAUUUCUGGAGCUUCAAUUUCAAAUAUCUUGCAAUGGGGAGUAGGUAUUAAAGUGUCAA